UGAUAUUUUACUAAUCUUCCUUCCGCAACGCCACGUUUUACGAUCCCUUCCCUUCCGCAACGCCACGUUCCUUUCCCUAAUUUUUCUUGAGAAAACCUCUUCCCAAUUUCCAAUUCCCGAUUCCCAAUUUCACAAACCACUUUCUCCCUUUGUUUCCAAUUCCCGGUUCGCUUCCCAAUUUCCUGUUCAAGAUCCAUGGAAGUUCCUCAAUCGAUGGAAGCCUCUCAAUCGAUGAGAUCCUCUGUUCAAGAUCCCUACGCACUACAACCUGGUGAUCAUUCUGGUUUGGUACUGACCUUUCAACCAUUACAAGAAGAUAACUAUGCAUUUUGGAGUCGGUCAAUUCGCCUAGCAUUAAGGGGAAAGAGAAAAUUGGGAUUCAUAGAUGGAUCCAUCACUAAACCAGAUUCAACAAUCGACCCCAUGCUUGCUGAAUCGUGGCAAUACACGAAUGAUAUGGUUACAACUUGGCUUCUAAACUCUAUUUCAAAGGAUAUUGCUGCUAGCGUGAUCUAUGCUGGUUCUGCAGCUUUGCUAUGGCAAGACCUAGAAAUAAGAUUCUCUCAAAGCAACGGUCCAAGAAUCUUUGAGAUGAAAAAGGCUUUAGUUACCCUAACUCAAGGUAAUCUCUCUGUUUCUCAGUACUUUACCAAAUUAAAAAUAAUUUGGGAAGAACUUAACACAUUUUGGCCGCUUGCAAUGUGCACAUGUGGAGGAGUAAAAGCCUUCCAAUCUCAUCUUGAUCAAGAGCACGUCUUGUUCUUUCUAACGGGCUUGAAUGAUUCCUUCUCCAACAUAAGAGGUCAAAUUCUGUUAUCGGACCCCCUUCCACCUAUCUUGAAGAUUUUCUCUUUGGUUCUUCAAGAAGAGCGACAACGCGCUAUUGGCAUGGCAAAUUCUAUUGCGAUACCUCAAUAAGUAGCAUUUGCUGUGAAUCCCGCUCCUACAGCACAUCGAGGCCAGCCAGCGAAUCAAUACAGAGGAAAAGAAAACCAAGACUGUCCGCUCUGCACCCAAUGUGGUCUACUUGGUCACACACAAGAUAAAUGCUAUAAGCUCCAUGGAUAUCCACCAGGGUACAAUCAGAACAAGCAAAGGAAUCAGGUGAAUCUUGUUGCUGAAACAAUAUCUGAGCAAGAGAAGGAGCAUAUAGCUGACAAAGACUCUGGAAACAACUCAUGAGUCUUUUGCAGUCUCAACCAACUCUUUCCAGUAAUGACAAUCCUGAGAUAUGUGCAGGACCAGAUUUCCAAGAGGGUGAUUAGCAAAGGUGAUGAGUGUGGAGGUAUGUUCUUGUUGGAAUCUCCUCACCAUCAACUCUUCAAUUCUGUCAAACACUCCAAUUCUUUAGUUUGUCAUGUAGAUAGUUAUACUUGCCAUGCAAGAUUAGGUCAUGUGUCAGAAAAUGUGUUUGUAAAAUUGAGUCAGUUUCUUUCAAAUAAUCCCUUGAAAUUUGAUCACUCAAGAUGUGAGGUAUGUCCCUUAGCAAAGUUUAAACGUUUGUCUUUUCAUGCAAAUAACAACUUGUGUCAAUCUCCAUUUGAUUUGAUCCUUUGUGACAUUUGGGGGGACAUAUCAGACU